GAAGCGUAUUUAUAACGAGUUGGUGGCAACGAGUGGUAUUUGUCAAAAACAGCUGUUAGCGGAGAAGUCGACAAUGCUUGUUGUUUUGUAAUUUCAGUAUGGCUGCAACGAAAACUUUACGCUCUUUACUGCAGGAGUUGCGUGCCGCUUCACCUAAUGGUUGCAUCAAAAACUCGCUUUCUGCUAGAUAUGUGCUUGCGCAAUACAAAAAAUAUUCAACCACGGAUCAGCAACUGUGCAAGGCGCGGGAUGAAGCACUAUUCCUAGGGCAGACAUAUCUAACGUACUUGUCCAGCUUACGAAAAUACGAUGAGCUGUAUAAAGAGUAUCAUGGACGCGGUGAGCGUACCGUUAAAGAGACAGCGGAUUUGGUCGGUUUCAAAUUGCCCACGGAUCCUAAGUAACCGGACAAAAGUAAUGCGAAAUGCAAAACAUGUUGAAUUGUUGAGGCAUCGAAAAUAUUGUAUUAGUUAAUUAAAACGAUGAGUUGAUGGAA